GUUGUUGCUGGUUGCUACGCAGAAUGUAACUCAUCCAAGUGUUCUCAGAUCUUAAAAUCAUUCGAGUAUCUUUCUUGCGUGGAUUACAAUGCUUGUCUGCUGAAUAAAAACGAAGGUGCAUGUACGACUACGGAACGAGAUACACUGCUGCCAACUAACUGCCGAUGUUAUGUGGCAUGUAAUGAACAGUUCCGAAAUACUAUCAGCAGUCGACAAACACAUUUUUGCUACUAUCGUGGAGAACUCGAAAAAUGCAUGCGUUCAAAUCCAUUCUGUCUCGGUGUAUCCACUUACUUACUCAAUGAUUUUGAAGCCAAAUGUCCAUGCAAAGUUGAGAAUUGUUUAAGUUCGCGAUUUGAAAUUCAUCCAAGGAACCUCAGUUGCACAAAAUACUUGAGCUGCUUAUCAGGGGGACCGAUAUCAAAUGAAUAUGCAGGUUGUGCAUCUGCUAAAGCAGUACGGAAAGUGAUGGAAGAGAAGAAUUAUCAAAUAACCAAUCCAAAAGGGACCUGGAUAUUGAACAAAGAAUGCCGUUGUGUAAACAUUUGUGCUAAAGAACAGCUUGAAUACUGGCCAACCUGUGGGCCUGCUCAAAGACUUGCACAAUGUUAUCUAAACGCCAGAUGCUCCAUUGAUAAUAUCAAACCUAAUUUAGUUUUAUGCGCUUGUGAAGAAGUAUGCAGAACUGAGAUCUCGGCCAUUGUUUCAGUAGCAAAUGCCUCUAUUGAUAUACUGUGCAAUAAUUAUCGCAAGUAUGGCAACUGUCUGAAAAGGUAUGGUUGCACAAAACGAGACUUGAGCUUGGCGAAUAUCAAGAGACUGGAUGAAUGUCCCUGUUUCGAAUACUGUGAUUCUGGUUCCAGAUUAGCAGGGUUUUUAAGUCAACCAUUUUUUCCCAUAUUCUUCCUACUAACUGUUUAUAUCCUACCAAUAUACUAAUGUUUAUUAAUGUUCAUCUAACAGCAUAUAAAUUUAUCUAUUUUCUUUUAAAUAACUAAUACAAUAAGUAAAUUGAUCAUGCUUCAUCAAUCUAAAUCAAUGGUUCCUAAUCUUUAAAUAGUAUAGCUUUAACUAUUACACCGGUUAAAUAUGUACUAAUUUUAUCGACAUUGAAUAGUAAAUAGAGCUCUGUCAUUGCCAUAUUCGUGGUGUAUGCUUAAUUGUUUUAUCCCAUUACGAGUAUUAUAAAAUAUCUGCUCGGUUUUAAGAAAACGCUUUGAUUUGUUAUCUACUAGCCAUCAUGAAGUUUAGGGUUUUCCUACUAUCAUUUAAAUCAUCAUCAUAUAUAAAUUCAAAUUACGAUAAACGUAAACAAACAAACGAAGUUUGCUUUUAGAAGCGUUGAGAUGUCUUAGAAAGUUAAAGAAGUGAUUUUAAAUUCUCAAACGCAGGAUAAUGCUAAUAAUAUAGCCUGAAAAGGAUAAACUACCCCUAUUUUGCAGGCUAUAUUAUUAGCAUUAUCCUGCGUUUGAGAAUUUAAAAUCACUUCUUUAACAUCAUAUAUAUAAUUAUAUACGCAAUCCAUCGUAUAAAUGUAGAUUUAUGAACAAUGCAUAUCAAUUUAAUUUCCAGUAAAAGAAACUUGUGCAUUAAUCUUCUCUGAUCUGAUUUCACACGAUUUUCUCGAUAUUUUAGAAUAAUAUGAAAAGCUAUGUCAUAAACUUCGUGCCCUUUACCAGGUAGAUAACCUCGUUCAUUAAGUGAAUUUGUAUUAAAUAAGAAUCGAAAUGAAAGUUCCGCCUGAAAACCAUUUUUUCUUUAUUUUUUUUGCUUACCGAGCAGUAAACCCAGAAAAAUUAUUUAAUGUUUUAUCAUGAGAUAAGCUUCUGUUAUGGUCAGGUUGUGAUUCUUUAUUUAUAUUCCUUUUCACUGAUAUCCCACGUGAGAAUUUAUCUCAGUACUCUCAUUUUUAAAUUCCCCUAAAAUGUAAGGAUUUCUAUGUGGCCAGUAGAAAUUCAGUAUUAAGAUAUAAGGUAGCAAGCGUUAUAGAGAAGUAAAUACUCAGUAAGACGAGUCUCGGGCGUCUUUUUUCAUUAAUCUUUUAUGCCUUAUAUCUCUGUUCUGCUUUCGAAAAGAAGAAUGAGCAUCAUAUGCUGUUACAUUUUCAGGUAAAACUUUUUAUAAAUGUAUAAAAUAAAAAAUCCCUUAUAACCGGCAUAAUUUUAUAAAAGCGUUAUUAAAUCUGGUUUAUUUGAUAAAUUGCCAUUAUAUUUUGAAUGGAGUUUGUGUUGUUUUCAUUAGAAAUAAUGAAUAUCGCUUUAAUCGGUGUGAAUUUGAAUUACUGGAGAUCCCGUUGGUUCUUUUGGGAUCUCUUGAAGAAAAUAUGCAUGCAUUUGUACUAACGAUACUAGUUAUUUAUAUAGUGUUC